AUGUCAUUCCGGUUACAUCUCAUCCGACACGCAGAGGGAACCCACAAUCCCGGUCACGACACAACCAUUCUCGACCCUCCAUUGACAGAAAAAGGGAUCGAACAAUCCCUACAGCUCUGUCAAGUCUUUCCGUUCAAGGAGAGUGUAGGUCUAGUAGUGACAUCUCCACUCCGACGCACUCUCCAAACAGCCCGUCUGGGCUUCCAACAAAGCAUCGAUGAGAAGUAUUGCGCCCAAGGCUCCGGCGCAGGAGUUCAAAAUGGCGCGCGUCUUUUGUUAGAGCCAGAUGUGCAGGCACACUCUGCUCGGCCAUGUGAUACUGGCUCAGAUAUUGCGGCUUUACGUUCGGAGUUUUAUGAUCUCCCAUGGGAAAUCUUGGAUUUGGAUCAUACAUUCCCAGCAAAGGAAGGGCUCUACGCCAGCGAUCCCGAGAGCUUGAAGCUGCGCGGAGCACGGAUCCAGCGUCGGUUGGAGCAGAAAUUCAAAGAACUAAAAAACAGCGCAAGACCAGACAUUGUCGUUGUUACACAUGGCGGGUUUUUUGAGCUCCGUCAUCGGUCAAGAGAGGACAGAAGUCGGACAGGCAAAGUGGAAGACUUUUAUGGUGACAUUCGAUCAGGAUUCGAGAAUUGUUGUGGAAUCGGCUUCGGGAGAAUGACCGAGGCUUUGAUUCACUUGUUGGUGUUGUUAAUACAUGGAUUAAAAUAG